AUGGCAAAGAAGAGAUCUGACGAUGAAGUAAUUAACGGACUUAGUACUAAAGCUAUUGAUGUCACAAAAGAAUGGGCGAAGAACCUCUGUAAGAGAGUUUCGUCUCUUCAGGAACUUACAAGGCUGAGAUUGCAAGAGCUGGAGGACUGCUGCCGUGGAGCCGAUGAAGGAGAAAUGAAAAAGGUUUAUCAACUUGUAGAGGAAGCAGAAUCAACCAAGAAUCUACUCGCUACCAUUCCAAAUGACGACAAACUUAUUCAACAAGCCAUGGAAACAAAAGCGGCAGAAUUGAAAACGCUGAAGAAAGCCAAAGAGUUACUGAACGAAGCAAAAGCUAUUGCUAAAGAGCAAUCAGAGUCAUCAAAGAAAACAUUAAACGAAACAUUGGCUUUGAUCAUGAGCACUCUAGAGCUUCCUAUAGAUUGGCUAAGGGAGGAUGAAGUAAAACCAGCGGUAUUGUUUCAGUAUCUGGAUAAAAUCAUUAAGCAGUGCAGCGAUGUUUUAGAAUCUGCUGACGCAUACAAAAGUGAAGUGGAAAUUGUUAGUAGGGCCAGCGCUGGGAGAGCCCUUUGUGGAAUUUAUUACUCCAAAUACGAGUCUCCAAAGCCAGCUGGAAUUCCUUUGCUUCUGGUGCCAAUGACUGUGACCUUAAACAAUCCUAACAGUGCUCAAGAAGUAAAUUACUUGAAAUUCUCUGCAAAGGGAAUAGCUACAGACUACGUACGGGCAGUUGAGUCAACAAGCACCAACAUUGGUUUUGGUGUGGCUGGUUUCGAAGAGUUUUUCGUUGGGGAGGUGCCAAAUGAAAACAGCCAUGAGGACAACAGUCUCGUUUCUCAGUGUGAAAAAUCUUCCAGCACCAGUGCAUCUGCUCUACAGUACAUUCGCAUAGCCAAAAAAGUUUUCCAAAUCGAGCCACACCAGUUUCGCCUUUCCUUGACUGCUAAGAAAAAGGCCAAGUCGAUUGUCCUGGAUAAAAACCCCAGGGCAAUGGAGUGUGAACAAUCUGCUCGCACCUUUAUGGAACGCUACGGAAGCCAUUUUCCAGCUGGGCUGCACACUCUGGGCGGCGUGUUUUUUAAUAUUGCCGAUGCCGAAAGUAAAAGCACCACAGAUAUAUUCAAGCCCACAGAUAUAUUUAAGCUGACAGAGGCUGCCGUUGCAUUUCUUGGCGGAGCACUGAGGAUUGGAGCCAGUGGUACUGAAGAGCACGCAAACAGUGAAGAAAACAUUGAAGAGACAUUUACAGCCAUCCAGAAUGAGAGGUUUUCCCAUUCUGUAAGGUCUAUAGGACCCCUAGCAACAAAUCCGGCUACUUUCCAAAAGUUGCUCUCCUACAGCUCCACUUGGGCUUUGAUUGACCGUGGCCCCAGCACAAGUUAUAUACCUAUCUGGGAAUUAAUUGAAGAUCUUGGAAGUGAGUUCAGGGAAGCAGCUACAGCCCUCAAGGAAACGUGGCAUAAAGACGAAGAUCUAAGGCAGGAAAAGUGGGAAGCGGAGCGAAACCAGAUGAGAAAACGAGAGGAAAUUGAACAAAGAGGUAAAGAAAGAACACUGGCAGAAGCAAGAGAAGAAUUGCUGCGUAUCCGGGAAGAGCAUCUUGCAGAAAAGGUGAGAACAAAUUGAACAGGACCGUACCAGUGUAUAAUUGUAUAGUCAUAAGGUGUACAAUGCAAUACUAUCUAACCCUAAUAUAACGUUAUAGCACACCUGUUUCAAACAAACCAUGCUGAACACCAUGUACCACCACAUCGAUGGAGACUCAGCGAAAUGCAUUGCCUUUUCUAAAGGCUACCACCCUGCGACUUAGUUUAGAAAGCUGGUUUACUAACUUAGAACAAACGCUCCUGAAUUGAAUUCGGCACUUAGCCCCCGGGGGGUACUUUAGGAAUUUCUGGGUGGGGAUGUGCCGCUGAGACCCUGGAACCCUUAACCUAUACCAGAGCUAGUUCAGCUAAAUUUUGCUACCCUAUGCUAGAGUAAACUCUCCAAAUCCCCCCUAUCCUAGAGUAGCUGUUUCCCUAGUCUCGAUAAAAUCUUCAAACAACUAAACAGUUUCCUGAAAAAUGAUACCCUAAUCUAGACCCAAAUGUUCUGAUUUAUAUACCCUAUCCUAGAGUAAACUGCCUGAAAACUAUGGCAGUACCCCCCCCCCCCCCCCGGCACUUUGGUCUUUCCCUUAAACUCCCCCCAUACAGAGAUUGCUUUUUUCCCUAGUACCAAAAAAACUUUAAAAAACCAAAAAGUUUCCCUAAAAAAUAUACCCCAAACUAAACCCAAAUUGUUUUUUUUUUUACCCCCAUCCCCAAAGAAAACUCCCUGAAAACUUGGGCAGUCCCCCCCCCCCCCCCGGGAGUUAGCCGAAGCGUGCAAACGACUUACAUUGUAUUGACGGAAUCAAGCAAAACUGACAACAAUAGAGUGACUGUAAAACCCAACAAUUUGACUAACAAUAAAUAAAGUGUUCAGUAUCAAUUUGACAAAGGCGGAUCAAAACUCACCACUCACAUUUAGAGUCUUCAUCAUGCCAAUAACACUAUGGCUUAACUGACAGACGAUCAAUAACAAAGCGAAUUAAUUGACCAUUUAGGUCAAUACUGAGGGUUUUAUACCAUUGACGUGAUGCAACUCACUUUGACCUUGAAUAUGACUACCGCACAGGCUGUCGAAAUGUCAGUCACUUUUAAAAGCAGUCCUAUUCAGAACUACACUCACCCAGACGAUUAUAUUCCACUUACUUAUGACAUGACUCCUGGGUUAAAACAAUUUACCGUGUUUGUUUUUUGAAACUGUAAGCUAAGCUAGCUUUGGUAGUGGACCUAGGCUGUUGUAGAAGAAGAAACAUUAAUUUGUUUUCGGAAUCAUGUUGACUUCGUGACACUUUUUUAGAGAUUGCUGGCAAGAGGACAGAGUAUAGGUCUUUUAUUGCUAAAACUGGUGGUGAUGUAAGCGCGUGAUGAAGAAAGGGGGGAUUUUUGUUCGAGACUCCUAAGUUGAAGGUGCUUAAGUUGUAGAUUUUAUCUGAUUUCUUUAUUACUAGUCUCUAUUACAUACAUCUCUCACGAAAGCAGACCUCAGCCGUUUCUAAGAAUGCAAAUAAACCGGCCACUAUCCUGUGAAGGGCGACAUUAUGUUUCUUAUAGACCCUCAUUGGCAGUCUUUUAGGGUCAAGUAGGCGUCACAUGCAUCAUGCUAAUGACAUCUUCAGGGGCGGUUGAACUGAUAUUUAUGAAGGGUGGAUGCCUACAUUUAAGAAAUGUUAUAAAUGAUAAUACUCAUUAGCAUGUCGUCACUGCGAUGAAUAUCAUUACAUUUCUUUUAAGUUAUGGCUGUGUAUACUUCAGGCAAACCGAGGGAACGUUUGUUUUCAAAUGCACCCGAAGCGUCUCAACUGGUUUUCUCUUUCGUAACCUCCAAGUGGAGGGCUAGUUUUCUCAAUUAUUUAUAAGACACAGGUACACUAAUUGUUUGCUCCUGUUUACAGGAUCCUAGUCUUUGGGGAGGUUACUGUCCAAAAAAUGGUAAACUCAUCUUUACUCAAGAUUGGAUGAAACGAGCUGAUGCUUAUGAAAAAGGAAUUGAGAAGAUCAUGCAGGACCCGCAUCACAACAUCUGUAGGAUAACUUACUGGCUAUUUCAAGGUUAUUCCUUAGAAUGCUGGAGAGUCUCAGAUGAUGAUCCCAUCGUUUUUGAAAAAAGAUUUGGAAAGUAUCGUUUGUUCUUCAGUGAGUUGCUUUUUAAAUGGAAGGACUUGGUUCCUAGACGAGGGUAAGAAGAAAUACACACUGAGGCCUACAUUAAGACCUUUAGUCUCUAUUAAUAGUGGUUCGGGUGGCUAAGUGAAUUAGGGAGACGUUAAGCGUUUCACAGUAUUUCGACAAACUCCAUAAUCAGCAACAAAAGCAUGCACUGUAACAAUGACCGAGACAUACCAAGGGGCAAGCAAGGCUGCUGAAAAAAAAAAAAAAAAAUUUGCCCAAGGCUAAGAUGUUGAAUACCCAAUAUCUAAAAUUUUAUAUCCCUAAACAAUAAAGUAAUCUACAGGCCGCGUGAUAAGGAUUCUUUUAGGAUAUCUAAGGCAUUAAUAAGGCUACAACCAUGGCAAGAAAAAUAACUGCCAUUUUUUGUUUAAUAAAUAAUUAAACUGUUAGUACAUAUAACAUCCGUAGCGGGUGAAUGUAAUUUAACUAUUUUAAAAGUUUCACAAAUUGCACACAGAUGUUAUUAGUGAACAUUUAGCAUGCUAAACCUGCCUCAAAAAAUUACAGCCCCAUGGAUUUACUUACGUUUGGUUAGACAAGACUGUAAGCAAGUUUUUUUUUUUUUACUUUAUUUUAUUUUAUUUCACAGUAUCUUGCGAUAGUUUAUCUCCUCAAAAGUAUCAAAUCUAUUUCCAAAAGAUGAGUAAAAGGCUAUUUGAAUAUUGCUUUGUUAUAAUAAUCAACUUCCUUAGGGUGCACUAAAAACCCAAUCACAAAACCUGCGAUCUAGCCUUUGGUUAUCAGGGUUCUCCCGCCUUUUCUUCAACUCAAGCAUUUAUUUACGCGUCUCGGGCGAACUUUCCCAUGGCAUGUAUUCACGUAGUACUACACAUUGUGAUGAAACAGGUUUUUGGUAGCUAUCUUGGCUAUCGGUAGAGGGCUACGUUGCUUUCUUAAACUGCAACAACUACAAAAUAAUGACGUGUUUCAAAGAAGCAGGAAUAAUCAGCGAGUUGCCUUUUCAGGAGGCGAUCGACCACAGCCUACAAAGGCGUUAUGCUAAAAGGGCCUGUGUUAAAGCCGUGGCUACUUUAAAGUGUAAUGUUGACGCACUAGGCGAAAUGAUCAACAUUUUUUCGCCUUUUAAUUACAUAGCUGUUAGUUAAUCCGAUAUUGCCAGCAAAGCUAUUAUAUCCUUUAGUUUUUACGAACUGUCCAAUUAAGGAUUAAUUUGGAUAGUUUCAGAUAGGGCUUUCCUUNAAAGUUUCACAAAUUGCACACAGAUGUUAUUAGUGAACAUUUAGCAUGCUAAACCUGCCUCAAAAAAUUACAGCCCCAUGGAUUUACUUACGUUUGGUUAGACAAGACUGUAAGCAAGUUUUUUUUUUUUUACUUUAUUUUAUUUUAUUUCACAGUAUCUUGCGAUAGUUUAUCUCCUCAAAAGUAUCAAAUCUAUUUCCAAAAGAUGAGUAAAAGGCUAUUUGAAUAUUGCUUUGUUAUAAUAAUCAACUUCCUUAGGGUGCACUAAAAACCCAAUCACAAAACCUGCGAUCUAGCCUUUGGUUAUCAGGGUUCUCCCGCCUUUUCUUCAACUCAAGCAUUUAUUUACGCGUCUCGGGCGAACUUUCCCAUGGCAUGUAUUCACGUAGUACUACACAUUGUGAUGAAACAGGUUUUUGGUAGCUAUCUUGGCUAUCGGUAGAGGGCUACGUUGCUUUCUUAAACUGCAACAACUACAAAAUAAUGACGUGUUUCAAAGAAGCAGGAAUAAUCAGCGAGUUGCCUUUUCAGGAGGCGAUCGACCACAGCCUACAAAGGCGUUAUGCUAAAAGGGCCUGUGUUAAAGCCGUGGCUACUUUAAAGUGUAAUGUUGACGCACUAGGCGAAAUGAUCAACAUUUUUUCGCCUUUUAAUUACAUAGCUGUUAGUUAAUCCGAUAUUGCCAGCAAAGCUAUUAUAUCCUUUAGUUUUUACGAACUGUCCAAUUAAGGAUUAAUUUGGAUAGUUUCAGAUAGGGCUUUCCUUUACAAUUAGGCAAACUGUCCAAUUUUAGAAAAAUAGGACAGCCGGUCUGAGCCAAUCAAAUGACAGAAAAUACAAUAGGCAAUGAAAACUAGCCAAUCAGCGCAAAGUCCCGGUGACAACUCGCCAAAAGCAAGUCUCGUUGGCUGACGGCGAUCCGUCGGCGAACACUCUUGGCUUCUUGUUGCUGUGAAUGUUGUUUUGUUUUCCUGCAGUUUUGUUUUGGCUUCUUAUCUGGGCCAUUUAAAAGGAAAAUGUAUGACCAAACUGAUGAAAGUUUGUAUCGGAAACAAUAAACGCAUAAAUUCUUGAAAAUGCACAAGCACCUAAUCUUUGGACAAUAAUAAGAAAACACUGAUACUUGUGUUUAGACAACAGUGUUGGCAUUACAAAAACAAAUGAACAAAGUCUGCGGAGCCGUUUGAGGCAAUGAAUGAAAUUUUCAUUUUCAACAGUUUUUUGUAUUUAAAUUAAGUAUUUGCGUUGUUGCUUUGCCUUCUUUGUACUCGAAAUUGCGGUUUUCACCUGUAGCACUGUAUCAUUCAGAUCCGUGAAGGAGCUUUCGAAAUUUUAAUUGGCAACAAAAUGCCAAAGUAUGAAAGAGCAAUACUAGUUCUACCGGUUUGUUUGUUAUUGUAAAGAAUAAGUUGAAUGACACCAUAAGAAUAAACCUUUUUUAGAUCUUGUACUGUGUUUCUGUUUCAACCACAAACGGUUCGAGUUACAGUGUACGAUAUUUCGCGUCUGUGUUACCCUAAAAAUCUGGAUUAACUAACCAGCCAUAUAAUUAAUAAGUAAGAGGACUACAUGCUUGUCCAAUUUGGAAAUAAUUGAAUUUCAAAAAAUUUUGGCUGUCCUCGGAAUUUUUUCCAUCCAGUUAUUUCCAAAUUGGACAGCAUGUAGUCCUAUUACAUAUACUA